GCUGAAACAGAAAGUAAAGUUGUUCUUUUGUUCAGGAUCCAUUUUGAGACGACAGAGCAGAAAACACUACAUGGAGAUUAUUGAAAAAUAAAGAGUCAGUGCUCUAAAAUGAGUCGCUCUGGGAAGAGAGAGGCGGGACCUGCCUCUAAAAUGAGUCUCUCUGAGGAGAGAGAGGAGGGGGCCUCUGCCUCUAAAAUGUGUCUCUCUGGGGAACAUGACACCAAAGCUAAGAGCCCAUUCCAUCAGGAGAGACCAGACUCACCCAGCUGUCUGUCCAUGAAGAGUGACGGGUCUAUGGACGUUUUCUAUGAUUGUGAAGAUGGAGACUUUUCUGCAUUUACAGGACCAAUCAAGCAGGAGAGACCAGCCUCCCCUGUUCCCAGCUGUGUGUCCAUGAAGAGUGACUGGUCUAUGGAUCGUCCUAUAGAGUUUAGAGAGGGAGACUUUUCUACUGAACAAAGAAACCAACAGGAGAGAUCAGAGUCAGAGAUUCUCAGUGGUCAGUCUUCCCAGAGUCAUCAAACAGACCUGGCCUCCAUAUUCAGUUUGCUUGAAGAGAAAAUUAUGACAUUUGUGAAGAACGAGCUGAAGAUGUUCAAGAGGAUUCUUAGUCCAGAACUCCCAGAAGGCUUUGAGAGUCAGAAGCAGGAUAAGGAAGUGGUGGACCCUGAAGAUGAGCAGCAGGAGAGCAGUGCCAGAGAGGGGGCUCUGAAGAUCACACUGCACGUCCUGAGGAAAAUGAACCAGAUGGAGCUUGCUGACACACUGGAGAAAUAUUCAGAUGACCCUGCUGUGAUUUGCCAACGUGAACUCAAAUCUAAUCUAAAGAAGAAGUUUCAAUGUGUAUUUGAGGGGAUCGCUAAACAAGGAAACCCAACACUCCUCAAUAAGAUCUACACAGAGCUCUACAUCACAGAGGGUGGAACAGGAGAGGUCAAUAAUGAACAUGAGCUGAGACAGAUUGAGACAACAACCAGGAAACAGGCAAGACCAGAGACUGCAAUCAAAUGUAACGACAUCUUCAAACCCUUAACUGGACAAGACAAACUUAUCAGAACUGUGCUGACAAAGGGAGUCGCUGGCAUUGGAAAAACAGUCUCUGUGCAGAAGUUCAUUCUGGACUGGGCUGAAGGAAAAGCAAAUCAGGAUGUCCAAUUUGUAUUUUCAUUCCCUUUCCGGGAGCUGAAUUUGAUGAAAGAGGACAAACACACUUUGAUUGAACUUCUUAAUCACUUCUCAAUGGAAACCAAACAAUCAAGAAUCUCCAACUACGACAAAUACAAAGUUCUGUUCAUCUUUGAUGGUCUGGAUGAGUGCCGACUGCCCCUAGACUUCCAGAAGAACAAGAUCUGUUGUGACGUCACAGAGUCAACCUCAGUGGAUGUUCUGCUGACAAAUCUCAUUAAGGGAAAUCUGCUUCCCUCUGCUCUCCUCUGGAUAACUACCCGACCUGCAGCAGCCAAUAAGAUCCCUUCAGGGUGUGUUGACCAGGUGACAGAGGUACGAGGGUUCAAUGACCCACAGAAGGAGGAGUACUUCAGGAAGAGAUUCAGUGAUGAGGACCUGGCCAUCAGAAUCAUCUCACACAUAAAGACAUCAAGGAGCCUCCACCUCAUGUGUCACAUUCCUGUCUUCUGUUGGAUUUCUGCAAUAGUCCUUGAACACAUUCUGAAACAUAAGAGAGAAGAGAUGCCCAAGACUCUGACUGAGAUGUACACACACCUUGUGGUGUUUCAUACCAAACAGAAGAAUGAAAAGUAUCUUGGGAAAGAAGAGACAGGUCCACACUGGAAUAAAGAGAGCAUUCUGUCACUGGGAAAACUGGCUUUUCAACAGCUUGUGAAUGGCAAUCUGAUUUUCUAUGAAGAAGACCUGAAAGAGGCUGGCAUUGAUGUCAAUGAAGCUUCAGUGUACUCAGGAUUGUGCACACAGCUCUUUAAAGAGGAAUGUGUGCUGUACCAGGACAAGGUGUACUGCUUCGUGCAUCUGAGCAUUCAGGAGUUUCUGGCUGCUGUAUAUGUGUUCCUCUCAUUCAUCAACAACAAUCAGAAUCUAAUGGACAAACUGCAAACAAACGACGAGCCUGAAGUUACUUUCUACAAGAGUGCUGUGGAUAAAGCCUUACGAAGUGAGACGGGAAACCUGGACCUUUUCCUCCGCUUCCUUCUGGGCCUCUCACUGGAGUCCAAUCAGAAGCACUUACGAGGUCUACUGACAAAGACAAGAAGCAGCUCACAGAGCCAUGAAGAAACAGUCAAGUACAUCAAGGAGAAGAUCAGGGAGGAUCUCUCUCCAGAGAGGAGCAUCAAUCUGUUCCACUGUCUGAAUGAACUGAAUGACCAUUCUCUAGUGGAGGAGAUCCAAAGCUACCUGAGCUCAGGAAGUCUCUCAGAAGCCAACCUGUCACCUGCACAGUGGUCAGCUCUGGUCUUUGUGUUGCUGACUUCAGAAAAGGAACUGGAUGUGUUUGACCUGAAGAAAUACUCCAGAUCAGAGGAAGGUCUUCUGAGGCUGCUGCCAGUGGUCAAAGCCUCCAGAGCUGCUCUGCUGUCAGGCUGUGGAGUCACAGAGGAAGGCUGUGCUUCUCUGGUCUCAGCACUGAGGUCAAAUCUCUCACACCUGAGAGAGCUGGAUCUGAGUAACAAUGACCUGAAGGAUUCAGGAGUGAAGCUGCUCUCUGCUGGACUGGGGAAUCCCCACUGUAAACUGGAGACUCUGAGGCUGUCAGGCUGUCUAGUCACAGAGGAAGGCUGUGCUUCUCUGGUCUCAGCUCUGAGGUCAAACCCCUCACACCUGAGAGAGCUGGACCUGAGCUACAAUCACCCAGGAGACUCAGGAGUCAGACUGCUCUCUGCUGGACUGGAGGAUCCACACUGCAGACUGGAGAAACUCAAUGUGGAACAUGGUGGAGAGUACACAAUGAAACCUGGGCUUAGAAAAUAUGUCUGUGAUCUCACACUGGACCCAAACACAGUAUACCGACUCCUCUCUCUGUCUGAGGAGAACAGAAAAGUGACACUGAGGUCAGAGGAGCAGUCGUAUCCUGAUCACCCAGAGAGAUUUGAGAACUAUGAACAGGUGCUGUGUAGAGAGGGUCUGACUGGGUGCUGUUACUGGGAGGUAGAGUGGAGUGGGAGAAGGGUUGAUAUAGGAGUAACAUAUAAAGGAAUCAGCAGGAAAGGAAGGGCUAAUGACUUUUGUCUUGGAUACAAUGACACGUCCUGGACUCUUUUCUGCUAUGACAACAGUUACAUUGCCUGUCACAAUAAUAAUCCCAUUGCUAUAGACGUCCGCCCCUCCAGCUUCCACAAAGUAGGAGUGUAUCUGGACUGGCCAGCCGGCACUUUGUCCUUCUACAGAGUCUCCUCUGACACACUGACCCACCUGUACACAUUCACCUCCACAUUCACUGAGCCCCUCUAUCCAGGGUUUAGGGUUUGGUAUGAAGACUCCUCAGUGUCCCUGUGUCAAACACAACAUGGUGUUUCACUCUAAUCACGGUCAUGUUCAGUAAGACACAAUGGAGCAGCAAUGUAGAAUAUCUCUCUAGUGUGUAAACCUCUCUAUCCAGGGUGUUUGGUAUGAAUAUCUCUCUAGUGUGUGAAAAAUAUGUAGUAGCAUUACUUUAAAUGAUAGGUGUGUACAAUCGUGUUACUCUGGUUGUGUAAAUUGUUGUUUUCACAUAAAUCUGUACCUAAUUCACCACGGCUGUGCACAUCUUGUGUUACUCUGGUUGUGUAAAUGGCUGUUUACACAUAACUCUGUACCUAAUUCACCACGGCUGUGCACAUCUUGUCUGUUCCGAACAAAGUCUCUCCUCAUCCUCUAUUCUAAGAACCAACAGUUCUUGGUUCUCGUAAGAGAACACAGAGGAUUCUGACUAGUUGGCCACCUCAUCCACUAGAUAUGUGUUGGUUCGACACAUUGAGUCAGUUGUGGUGGAACCAGCCAUGACUAAGCAUUAAUAGGUUUACUCUAUGAUACCUCUGUUGGUUUCUGUAUGUCAGAGCUCUUGGCCCAACACUCAAGAGUGUGGGGUCGACCAGCCUCAUUAUUGCAGGGCUCUCAACAAAUCACUUAUGGGUGCAGUGAUUCAGGGCAGGUGGAGCUGUUAUGAGCCCCAAAUCUUUACCAACAUAAAUCAAAUCCCACCCAAAAAUGUGGCUUGCUUGUUGUGUAUGUUAUUUUGGCAUUAAUAUGUGACACAUAUCAGUUAGCAAACAAUGUAAUUUUUUAUAAUAUAUCAUUGAAUUAAUAAAGCUGCAUA